AUGGACGCGGAACAAGCCGGACGCCGCGGGGCCGCUAAGGCCGCCCCGCCGCCGUUCGUGCGCGUCGCCCCCUCGCUCUUCCUCGGCAGCGCUAACGCCGCGGCCGCUCCGGAGCUGCUGGAGCGCGCGGGCGUCACCCUGUGCGUCAACGUUUCGCGCCAGCAGCCCAGCCCCCGCGCGUCCGGCGUGACCGAGCUGCGCGUGCCCAUAUUCGACGACCCGGCUGAGGACCUGCUGGCGCACCUGGAGCCUACCUGUGCCGCCAUGGAGGCCGCGGUGCGCGCCGGUGGUGCCUGCCUCGUCUACUGCAAGAACGGCCGCAGCCGCUCGGCCGCCGUCUGCACCGCCUACCUCAUGCGUCAUCGCUGCCUCACGCGGGAGCGGGCCUUCCAGACUGUGAAGAGCGCCCGCCCGGUGGCCGAGCCCAACCCGGGCUUCUGGUCCCAGCUCCAGAAGUACGAGGAGGCGCUGCAGUCGUGGUCCCGCUUGCCCGGGGAGCCCUCGGGCCCGACUGAGCCCUAA